AUGUUCGUCUCACGACAUUGGCGCAUGCCGAAGGUCGUCCUCGGCCUUCUGGUCCUCGAGUUCCCGCUCACCGUCGCGAUGCUUACGCUGUUCGGCAUCGCAUCGCCGGAUCUGUAUCGCACGAAGCUGUGGCAGGAGGGCGCGGAUCAUGGGUGGAACAGCGAUCCAAGCGAGGUCGUCUACAGCUUUGCGAACUAUGAGCCGCAGAAGAUACCGCUGGUCUGGAGUUACUUUCUCACCCGCUUUAACCUCAUCGUCUCAGUCCUCAGCAUGUUCGUCCUCCUCACCAAGGUGACGCUCUACGUCAUGCACAUCCUGUACCCGCUGUUGUCGUUCUUCGUCCACGGCCUCCUGCUCGCUCUCUACGCAUACAGCCUCCACGGCCAAAGCGCGCCCGACACCCUCGACGCAGAUCGCCGACGAGCAUGGUACAUCACGCGCGGCUGCAGCGCCGCCAGCACCAACAGCCUCAGGGGCUACUGCCAGCAAGCGAAAGCCAGCUUCGGCGUCACGGCCUGCAUGGUCGCCCUCUUCGCAGCCCACCUCAUCCUCGCAAUCUGGUCCAUGAUCCCCACAAAACAGCAGCGCCAUGCACGCAACACGUCCGUCGAGUCAACCGCAGAGAUGGCAAAGCAGAGCCUCGCGGCGGGCAUGAGUCCCGAGCAGCAGUGGGAGCAGCAUAGAUGGCAACAGCAGCACCAGCAGCAGCAGUGGGAGAUGCAGCAUUAUCCCCGGAGUCCGGGCAGCACUGGAGGACUGAAGAGCCCGAUGACGCCAAGGUCGGUCGCGUUUCAUGCGCUGGAUGGGAAUGGGGGGAGUGGGGAUUUGCCAUUGAGAGGGCAGCCGUAUCAGCCGUACGAGCCUGGGAGAUGA